UGUACAGAGAAAAAGAGAGAUAGAAGGGUUGUGGACAUUUUAAAGUGUACACUAUUUGUGUGCCUUCUGCUCUCUUACGAUUUUUAGUUUAACCAAGAUUCCAGGAAAAAAAUACAGUUAGGGUUUACGUUUACUCAACUGAGUAACUGAGCUUUGUUUAGAAUUUUGAACGGAUACUCGGAUCGCUUUGCAGUUUGUUGUUCAUAGUGGAACUUACUAGAUAGGUUACAUAUAUAGGUGAUACAAAUUAUAAUAUUUGUUGGAAUGGCAACUCUUAAAGUUGGAAUUCUAAUUGAAUACAACUUUGAGGAACCGGAGGUAAUCACUAUCUUAUAUUAUUAUCUCCAAAAAAAAUUAAAAACUAAAUUAUGAAUUUAAUGGAAAUAGUCAAAUUUAGUAAAUACAUAGACUUAAGAAUUUUAAUGAGGUGGCAGUCACAGUGGACUUGGUCCUCAGUGGAACCCCAACACUGUAACUGUUGUUAGUUGUUAGUAAAUGUUAGUUAGUGUUCAUUGACGAAUAUUGAUUGUGUUUAAUUUAAAAAAAAAUUAUAUUUAUUCCAAAUACUCAAUUAAUAGUAAUAGGGAGAUAGGGCUUAGACUUAGAAAUAGUAAAGUUAGAUAGGAUAGGCUAGGGCAAAUAAAUAAAAAAUAAGGUACUAUUUUAUGAAUAACAUCUUAAAUCUUAAUCUUAUUCGAUCAUUACAUUACAUGUUUUUGACAAUUGUAUUUAAUUUUAUUAUAUUGUGAUGAUACGGGGACGUGAGGGAUUGAAAAUCAAAUUGCAAUCAUUGAAAUGGCUUCUGAUUGAAAUUCCACAAAAGGAAUGGGUCUCGAUUUUUUUUAUCUUUGAACUGAAAAAGUGAAAGGCAGGUAAUAACAGGUAAUGGAGGGCAUUAAGCACCAUGUUUUCAAGAACUUUUUGUUUUUCUCUUUGAAAUAAAUGAAUAAUAUUUAAUUCAAACUGAAAAUGUUUUUAAAUAACAGAUCACACAUCUUUCUUGAAGUACAAAAGCUUUAAUGAGCAAAAUUUAAAGCCAUAUAGUGAAACAAGGGUUAAAAAGUUAAAACUAAGUUACUUACUAAGUAAAGUAUGAAUUAAAUUUAAAAAAAUGGGGGCAAUUAGCUCCAGCAUGUUCAAUGCAUAUAUUUUCACAUAGGUUGUAGGCAAUUCUGACAGAUCCAUUCCAUGGCUUCAAUAUCAGAUUUUUCUGGGAUUUCAUUAUCAAAAUUAUAUUUUAAAAAAUGUUAAACCUAUUUCUACAAAUUAAUAACUUUUGUUUACAAUUGAAACUUUAUCUGUCAUAAUCUGUUUGAUGCUAUUUGAAUUAAAACAUGGAUUUUAUUAAUCUGAUCAAUAUUAUUUGGUUGUUUUAAUCAUCUUUUAACAGUUGCGGGUGUUAAGCCCCUGCUAUUUAAAAUAUUCAUUUUUAUAAACUAAAUAAAUAAAUAAAUAAUCUACAGAACCAUAUCUCUUUUACAAAUGCUUCCUAUUCAAAAUAUUAGAAGGAACUUUAGUAUUAAAGUUAAUUUUAGAGCUUUUAUAAACAAUCUCUAGAACAUUCAUCCAACUGCCAUUUUACUUUGCAAAAAUGAUCAGCUUCAUUUGCUCUACAAAUAUCAGUGUUUUAACUCAUUCAUUACAUACACAUAGAAACUAAAAAACUUUUACUGUAGAAAUAAAAUUUCAAGUAAAAAUAUAAAACAAGCACCUUAUUAGCUGAAGUUUUACAAAGGGUUUGAGGAAGGCUGAAAACUAGAGGGUAAAAGCACUCAUCUAAAAAGGCAAAUUAAAAAUCAAUCCCACAGGUUAGAAACCCAAGAUUGGUUGUAAAAAGUUCUCUGAUUGGUUAGUAAGUUUCUGUCAACUAAAGCUUAAUUCCUUUCUUUCUUCUUACAAUAAUAUCAAGCAUUUUAUUGUAUGAACUGAGCAAUUAGGGCUUAAUACCCCAUGGAGCCAAUAACCUCCCUUUACCCCAAAUGUUUGUGGCAUUUUAUUAUUAUUAUUAUUAUUUAGGCAUUUUUGCAUAGCGCUUACCUUACAGCUCUAAGCGCUUUACAAUUAUUAAAAAUAUGUAAACUAUUUAAACUGCUAAAGCAAAAUAAAAUUAAAAAACCAGAGACACUAGAAUAGUAACUACAAUGCCAGAGUGGAAUUUUCCUACAGUCUACAGUUUAAUUCUGUACCUCACUUACCAUCUUUUUGACAAUAAAUACAACCAGAAACAUGUCACUACCUAAACAUACGGCUAGAAUAUAAUAAUAAUGCAUUAAUUAUUGGUUUCUUCCAUUUUUUUAUAUUAUAUCAGUGAAUGUCAGUCAUCUACAGCAUUUGCAAAAUCAAAUCCAUAUCAUUAUUAUAAUUUAGGGCAACCAUGUUAAAAAAACGCGAAAGAAUUAAUUUUUUAAAUCCUAUCUGAUAUUCUGUGCCCACUAUGCAUCAUAAUGUGGAUGUGAACUUUAGGACUGUAAUAUAACAUAUUUUUAAGAAAUUUUUUAAAAUGUUUUUUUAAAAUAACAGCUUAUAUAUCCAUACUACCGAAUGAAAGAAGCUGGAUUUGAAACUGUUCUCAUUGGGCCUGUUGCAGGAAAACAAUACAACGGCAAACAUGGAUACCCUGUGACAUCAGAAGUUGCUAUUGACAAUAUUUCUGCCAAGGUACUUUUAAAUAUGUGAAUAUCUUGAAUGUUUUAUGGACUAGAUAACUUAUAAUUGUCAGUUUGACCCCCCCCCCCCUUUUUUCCCUUUUUUUUUUCCUCACUGGCCUGUGACCACCACCCUCUUUCAUCUCAUAAAAUAAAGAUUCAAAUAAUAUUACUAUCUAAGCAUGAUUUUUUAAAAAUAAAAAAUAUGAAUGUCACCCAGAUUUUUGUUUUGUUAAGAUUAUAUGUUGUUUUUUUUUUUGAUGAAUCUGGUAGAUAAACUUUUCAACCCCUCCAAAAAGUGUCAAUCAGGGCAGAUUGCAGACCCAUCUCUUUCCUGAGCUUUUGCCUCACAUUUCCUCCAUUAGUUCUUAAAUAAUAAUAAUUAUAAUAAAGUACUUUUCAAAAACACGCUUCAUCUCUAAUUAAGGCUUGAAGCCUUAUAUAUUUAUAUAUAUAGCCUUAAUUAGCGUGUUUUUGAAAUGAACUUUAUUAUAAGAAAUAUAUAUAUAUAUAUAUAUAUACAUAUAUAUAUACUUAUAAUAUAUUUCUCAGAUGACAUGCAAACAUUUUGAUUUAAAAACUUUAUACAAAUAUAUACAUUUUAUUUUUACAUUUCAGGACCUUUGUGCCCUUAUCAUCCCAGGUGGAUGGGCUCCUGACUAUUGGAGACGGGAUAAGAGAUUUUUAGACUUAAUAAAGGACAUUGAUGAACAAGGUAUGUUAUUUUUUAAAUUCUUAAAUUUAUUUCUUUUUCAAUCUUUUGAACUAUUUAAAAAAAAAAAAAACUAGUUUAGGGAAAGACUAUAGAAAAAGUGAAAUUUAUAAAUUAUCUACAAUCUUUAUAUGGUACCAAUUUUAAAUUCUAACCUGAACUAACCUGAAAAUCUUUCUAAUUUCUAAUGUAACUGUUGAUUAAAAAUGUGUUCACAAAAUAUAAAAUAUUAUUGAUUCCUCAUAAACAUAUGUACAUAUAAUUAGAGCAGUAAAACUGAAUUUUUUAAAACAGCUUUUAAAAAGCAUGUCAUUUACUCGGUAGAAAAUAAACAAAUUUUAAAAUAUAUACAGGCAAACCAUUAGCCACAAUUUGCCAUGGAGCUUGGAUGCUUUGCUCUGCUAAAAUUUUGAAAGGGAGAAAAGUUACUUGUUUUUGUGCCAUCAAGGAUGAUGUGGAAAAUGCAGGGUGAGCUCCCAUUUAGUUGAACUUGUACUUUUUAAAAAAAAGGGUAAUAUUUUGUUUAUUUUUUAUUUGUCUCUAAUAUAGUGUUUAUUAUUUUUUAUUUAAAAAAAAAAAAUUCAAAUAUAAAUAAUUAUAUUUGUAUGUGUGUUAUCAGCUGUUGAAUAACUAUUUACAAAUAUAUAGCUUUUAUGGAUGAGGACAGUUUUUAAAAAAAGGAUUCUAAUGCACCCUUCAUUUUGUUAAUAUAUAUAUAUAUAUAUAUAUAUAUCUAAAAAACAAUUUUUUCCUAUUGUUAUUAAAGAAUUCAGUUGAAUAUAAGGUCAGCAACUUAUCAUAGUUUAGUUAAUAUGACCUGUUGUAGAGAGAGUCUCUGAAUUGAAUAUUACAUUUGGCAAAAAAAAAUGGAUGCCCCAAACAACUAAUGCAAGUCACUCUUGUCUGCAUGAUCAGUCCUUCACUUAUCAGUCUCUCCUAUUUAUUUGGCAACAACAUCAAACUCCUUGUACCUCACAAGUGGAAUGUAAACUUUUAUACUCGUUUGAGCUCUGUCGCCAGCUAGCCGAGUAACUGCUCCCUUUCUCUUUUACUAGUUUCUACUUACAUUCUCCAUGAAGCCCUUAUAAGCAAGGUGUGCCAUCUUUUAAAUGGGUCCACUUUUUUUUUUUUAUACCUUAACUGAUUCUCAUCAUAUUUUAAAAAAAAUUGAAGCUAUGUUACGCACUUGCAUAGCAUUCUGAGUGGCACUCUCUCACAAAAACCCUUUCCCCCAGCACCCCACACUCCAAUAAUUUUUUUUUCUCUCAGCAAUUCUUAAUUAAAUAUUCCUAAAUUAUUUAUAAUUGUGUUUGUCACAGUGGGGUGUAUGAAGACAGCCCAGUUGUAGUUGAUGGAAACCUCAUAUCAUCCAGGAUACCUAAAGAUUUGCCAGAUUUUUGUAAAGCCAUUUUGGCCAAACUUGGAUCAUAAUAAAUGUGUUAUGAAAUGGAAGUCACUAUUUUCAAAGUGUGCUCAAUAUUGUUUAAUAUGUUGAAAAUGAAGUGGCGUGAAAGACUAUUUGAUAAGCUGAUUUGAAACAAGUUAAAUUUCUUUUGAAAGGACAUUCCCGUAAGUUAAUGUUGAAAGUGCUGGUGGGUAUGGACUAAAUUAAGGGGAAGUGCAUAUGGCGAGUAUGUAACUUGGUAAAAAAACUUUCAGAGAUUAUGAAAGCCCCUUACCCUUGUGAUCAUCUUUGCUCUAAUUUUUAUGAAAGUUUUAUUUUUUUUAUUUUUUGAUAUUACCAAAUUCUAUAACAAGACUUGUUCUGACUUGUUGUUAAUUUAUGUCUUUAUAUGAGCUGCGUCAUUAAGUUUAGAAUGAGCUGUGUUGUUAUUUUAAAAAAAUAAUUAAAAAAUCCAAAGUUUGGUCAUUACACAAGAAUUCUGAUAUAGUUUUUUAAAUAUAUUUUAAUUUAACAUUAGAACAACCUAUAAUCAACAAGUGUAUUAUUUUUUUUUUAAUUUCUUGUUACAAGUAUUAGUAAGCAAUAACAAAAAAAAAGAACAUUUUUAUAGAGGUCAGAGGCAAAAUAUUUUAAUUCAUUACAAAAGAAAUGACUAAUUAUCUUUAUUAAAAAUUAGCAUAAGUCUCAGUCAAACACAUUGUAAGUACCAUUUACCUUACCUAUUUUGUAACAAACCAAAAGUUCAUCAGCCAUGUACUUGGACACAUUCCAUUUAUAUAAGGCUAUUUUAGUAACUUGUUUAUUCACGUUAUAAAAAUAUAUUGAAAUGAAUAAUGCAAAUUGGUCUUUUGUUGAAUAUUUACAUAAAUACUUUUCUUUAACGCAAUUCAGUUCCCAUGUAAAUUUACGGGCUUUGAAAAAUGCUAUGCAGGAUAUUCACAUAUAGAAACAAGUUGUUAUCAAAUGUGCAGAUUAAUAGUAUACAUUUUAGCAAUCUGUAUGUUAUUUUUUUUAUACAUGUAUAUGAUGCGUACGUUCACACAUUUUAUGAGGGCUACAAAUAUUUGUUAAUUUCUUUUCAAGCAAAGUUUGUUCAACUUUUUUUAAAGUGGAACUUUUUCUGAAUAUAAUAUAAUAAUAAUAUAACUUAUUAUAACUCAGUUUUUUUUUUUUAAAUUUGCUGCCACCUCCCUGGAUACAUAUUUUUAUUUUUAUUAGUUAGAAGCCUCCUCACAGUGUAAAUUAAACAAGGGGGCUGAACCCCACAACUCUAAAAAAGGGAAGCGAUCCGAAAGUUUAGCACAACAGAUUAAAUAACCACCAAUAAUUUAAUAUUUAUUAACACAUCAUCAAGUGUCGUAUUUAUACAUGCAUGACAUCAUGACAACAAAAGGGAAAGAUACAUAUUCUGUUAUAAGUGCGAGACAUUCUUGAUCAGUAAUAACAUAUAGAUUUUACGGGCCUGUUAAAUAGCAUUUAAAAUAACCUGGUAAUAAAUAUGGAGAGAAAUUAGUCAUUCCAACACAAUCAUCAAUCAUCUAUAAUAUGUAUAACAUAAGUCACUUAGAUGGAUCAAGCUCUCUGUGUCUAUAUCUACAAGCAACAUAUGGAUUAAAAUAAAUAUGUAUUUACAAUGUUGUUAGCAGCAUAAAGGUAAUUUCUUAAGUUAAAGGGUCACUAUACGCAUAAUGUGAACUGUUCCAGCUCCACUAUGUACAAAAUUUAGUUUGAAACCAGCCGGGUCACUAUGUACACAGAUUAUGUCAAACUAGCAAAUGUCAAACAAUUUUUGAUCCACAAUACACAAUUUUUAACUUUCAAAAGUCUCUCAUUCUGCAAUCAUCAAUUAUCACUUUAUUUUGAUAUCUUCUUAAUAAUUUUUCUGCUUUAUGGGGGUUUUUUUCCUCCUUGUGCCACUCCCUCUCACUUUACACAAUCUUUCAUAUUAUCCCUGUGUCCCUCCCUUGAUACUACCUCUAAAUGCACGCUGUAUAGAAAUAGGACAGCCAGUCGUUUGAUACACCUUCAAAAGACAUUUGAAACAAUUCCUUAUCAUCAACACAUGCAGGAAGUAUUCUGUGAUCAUGCGACAGUUCUCCUCACCUCAGUUAAAUCUUAGCAACAGUCUUCUUUAAUGUGUGAUGAGUUAAAGACUGUGUAAACAGGUUCAAAUGUACAGGAGCAGGUUGAAACUCAGUUCCCUUAAACAAAUAGAGGUGAUGGAAGGGUUUGAAGUAACAUGCUUCUAUAGAUGGGAUUGAUUUGUUUAUGGGUUUAUACAGAUGGUUCUGAAAUAUGAAGUCUAUGGCCAUCUGGAUAUACAAGAAAGUACACCGGGUGGCAGUAGUUGCUAGAUUUGGCCGAAAUUCUUGAUCAGAGUUUUUGGGGGACCAUCACUCAGAAUCUGUAAGAUAUUAAAAUUGGAUUUUUAAAGAUAACGUUUAUUUUGACAUUUAACUUUUUUUUUUUGAUGAUAUUUAACUAUAACUUAUAACAUAAUGGUCACACAUAAACAUAUUGAAAUCACUGCUAUGUAAAUCUGUUGGUGAUAUAAUUGUUUUACGGUUAUUUCACUUAAAUUGUAGAAAAUUCUGAUAAAGAAUAUAAAUACACUAUCAGAGCUGUGGCUCUCAUUAGUUACAUGCUAGGUCUAUACAUUUUCAUUAGUAAUUGCAAUUUUAUUCAAUGCUACAUACGAAAUUAAUAAUUUAAUAUAAUAUAAAUAUAUAAACUAAAAUUGGAAGGAAAAAACAACAACUUAUCAUUGAAUCUGCUUUCAACUUACAAAAAUAUGUCAUUUAAAUUUAAAUUACAAAACAUUUACUUUUUAAACUAAGUAACUCUUCAAACUAUGGCAAAAAUUAGUCAUUUCUGUAAGUUCUCUCGAAUUUACAGUCAAACUCUUUAUUCGUACUUGUAAAGCUAGACCAGAAACUGCCAGUUCUAUGGUGGGCUUCAGAGGCCCCCCUUGUAACUACUCAAAAACAAUGAUAUGUUGCGGAAAGGAGCUCACCGAGGCAUGUUGUGGUUAGCUUAACUGUUUAGAGCGAAUGAUGAUUAUACCGGAGGAAUUGAAAGUUCUUAAAUAAAAGAAAAAAAAAUUCAAGCCCACUUUUUUUUUUUCUUUCUUUUUUUUUUUAACAGUUAAGAGAAACUUCAUUGUAAAAAAAAAAAAAAAAAUAAAAACGACUUUUUUUUUUUCUUUCUUUUUUUUUUUAACAGUUAAGGGAAGCUUCAUUGUAAAAAAAAAAAAUUCCAAAUUUGAAGUCACGUGACAUCAAUAGGGCCUGACAGUGACUUAAAAUCAAAACCAGUAAUGAAUCAGUUUAACAUAAUACCCCCACGACAUAAAAUCACAGAUUGGGAAAUAAAUUGUGUUCAAAUAAACAUCUAACCGAAUUAUGCUUUCUUACACCGCACUCCAAACUAUUUAAUCAUUGACUCGUCAAAAUGGACAGACAGUUUUUUUCUGCCAGUGUGUUGUCUUUUAUUUCUUGUAAAUUAAAGGGAAUCAAAUAGAAAAAUUUGUCACAAUCUCAAACGAAUCAUUUCCCUAGCUAGUACGUUAAGAGAUAAGAUUGCAAAGAUCAACUUAGAGAGUUACCUAAUACCGGGCACAGUUUUAAUUGACACAAAUCAGGAACUGUCAAUGUCAGAGAUGAGUCUGGUUUAUAUUAGCUUGGUGCAGUGAUGAAGAUGGAUCCUAAAUGAUAGUUGUCUAAAUGAUAAAUUUAUGAAUGAUUAUUGUAUUAAAUGAUACAUUUAUUAAUGCAACAGUUCAAUCCAGCACAUAUUGGAUACAUUAAAUAAAACAAUAAAUAGUAGGUCAAUGAUGGAUUUAGGCAUCGCCGAACUUAAUUAAACAGCUUUUUUUUACAGACUCUUAUGUUUGUGUGUGUGUGUGGUAUCGUUGUCAUUCAAAGAGAGAAAGUUGCAGCUAAUCAUAAUAGCAAUUAGCAUUUGUCUG